AUGGCCGAGGUCGCCGAGAGAGAUCAAGUGGUUACUCGUAGACGAAUUCUCGAAGAAUUCGAGAAAGUACAGGCACAAAUCGCAGCAAACCCAGAAUCGUGGAGAAAAUUGAGUUUUGAAGCUCACAAAGAGCUGUGUAAUGUGCUGGGAGAAGACUUAAUUGACUAUCCGGAAUUCGAGUUCUGGUUUUCGAGAUUCGCUCGAGGAGAUUUCGAAUUGGAUUAUGAAAGAAGUUCCGAUCCAAAAGCUCGCUCACUCAUCCACUUGCCACUAGACGUUUUUGAAAACGUUGGUGAAAAUUUGCAUACAGUAGACAGAAUGCAACUCCGAAAUGUGUGCAAAGAUAUUCGAGCUCACGUCGAUAACUGGGAUCCGAAAGUGACCGAGAUUUUCUAUAGCGCUCCGUGGGAUUGGAGAGUAUGGCAGACAUCGAGACCUGAACCCUACUGUGCGCGCAAUUUUGGACGAUUUGAAAAUAACAGAUCCAGUCCUGGUUUCCAUCGGGAUAAAAUGUCUUUCGUGAUGAGUGUGCUGGCACACCCGAAACUCCAAUUGGAGAAAUUGACUAUUGAUCAACAAGGUGUAUCUUGUAAGAAAUUGACUAAGCGACUGGACGCAUCAAAUAGGAAACUUCACGUGAAGAAAGUCCAUAUUACAUCUUCAAGUCUUUCACCAAACAUUGAUUUGCACUUUAUGAUUCCCGGAGUGCUUGAAGAGAUCAAACUGUUCCUCAAGAAUCCAAACCGCAAAGACAUUACUAAAAUUAUUGAAUCGGAGCACUGUCAAGCAGCUAAAAUGGUGUAUAUUGAGAGUGAUACUAUCUUUCCUAAAUUUCCAAGGAAUGUUUUUUACAAUUGCCCUCGAUUCACUUUGAGACUAGGUAUUUACAGAGGAGGAGGAGGACCAGCAGACAAACUAAAAGCGCAAUUUCUCAAGAGACUCAUGAAGAAAGCCGAAGUACAAAAAUGCGUCAUCUACUUUACCGAAUAUUGUGACCCUCGUAGCCAAAUCUUGAAGUGUUUCGAUGAAGCAGAGGCUAUGGUACCGAACUGUCCGUCGCUCCGUCGUUAUCCGAUUCCGGGAACAAACGAAUUCUACGAAAUCGAACAUCAAGAGAAAGACGGAUAUCAAGAGGAGUUCGUUUGCCUCGAAAGAAAACAAUGA